CGACAUGUCACGUUGCGAUUGGCUAGCGAUACUUCUUAAAAGCUAUUAUAUUAAAUUAUGUGGGACCCGAUAUUUAGUUUGACCAAUAGCGAUAUUAACACAUAAGAGGGUGCUAGGCACCACUGGUGCCCUUUAGCAUUUCUCAUUAACUAGUGAAGGGAACACUUUGGAGGAAAUAGCUAGCUAGUAGCUAUUGUCUUAGCUUCUCAUAUAUGAAUUGCUAAGUAUCAAUAACAAAGCAAUUAAUGCUAUUUUAUCAUGGCUCAUCAUGGAUACUUGUUGUCCCUUGCAGAUGAAUUGCUUCAUUUGCAUCUCUUAAACUUUGAGGUGUUAACAUUGCAGAAGGGCACUGUUGCUGUUGUUGCAGAAGAGUUGUCACGUCUGAAAAAAGAUGUUUCUUUUGUCCAAGCUCUACUUCGUCAAGAAGCUCUCUUAUGGGUUCAAAGCCAUGAUUUUGAAAGAUUACUUCUCAGCCUUGAAACCCCACUUGCACGUAUCAUGAAUUUGGUAGUGGAAAUGCAGGUUGUGGUGGGUUGUAGAAAACGUGAUAAAAUAAUGUCUUCACCCAAAAAGGUUCUCACUUUCUUCUCAUUCUCCUCCUUAAGCUCAAGCCCAUUUCAUUUCAAUCACGAUUACAAACUCGACUUGUUCAAGGCAGUGACAGCAACAGUUCAUGAGAUUGUUAUAAAAAUAAGAAAUCAUGAAACGUUUCAUAAACUUCACGAAACUCAGUAUUUAGAUCAUUGUAAAGAAGAGGAUAUUAUAGGGAGGAAUGAUGACAAAACAGAGAUAAUCAAACUUGUACUAGAUGAUGAUGAUGAUGAUGAUUUUAGGGUGAUUCUCGUUAUGGGUGUUCCAGGAAUAGGAAAAACAACACUUGCUCGGAUUGUUUAUAAUGAUGAUCAGAUUCAAGAAAAGUUUGAGCUUUAUAGAUGGGUUUUCAUGGGUGAUGAUGCUAACUGUAAUAGUACAAAGAUUGUCAUGAGACUUGUUGAAGGUGAAGGUGUACCAACUUAUAAUUGUAAUCCUCCAAUGGAUCGAUUGCAGAAGGAAUUAAGAAGAGCAAUAAGUGGAAAAAGAUGCUUGAUUGUGAUGGAUGAUAUGGUUGAUGAGAAUCCUCUCAAUUGGGUUGGCUUAAAAGACAUGUUAAAGGGUUGUGCUAAAGGUACUUGUGUUUUAAUAACCACUUGUAGUGAAAAGGUUUAUGACUUAAUAAGGCGAACUGGUUCUGGUUCUGUUAAGUCUUACAGUUUGGAUUGUUUGAGUGAAGAAGAUUCUUGGGUUGUUUUCAAAAGACAAGCUUUGUUAGAUAAAGAUGAGAAGGAUUUGGGAGAAUUGGAGGUAAUAGGAAGAGAGAUUGUUGCGAAAUGUGAAGGAGUUCCUUUAUCACUACGUGUAAUCUCGCUUAUUCUGCGUUAUGAUGUUUACAACCUUCUUCCAUGGGUGAAAUUUAAUGAUGUAGAAAUGAUUAAUGAAGAGGUUAAGAGGUAUAAAGGUCUGGUUUUUCCAAAUGCUCAAGAGAUCAGAGUUGCGAAUUCGGGGUGGAGGCAAACUCAGUCUUUUGUACCUCAAGAUAUGGUUGUUGGGAGAGAUGAAGAGAAACAAGAAAUCAUAGCAGAGCUGUUGAAAAAGAAUCAUGAAAAAGUAAUGGUCAUUCCUAUUGUGGGGAGUGGUGGAUUAGGAAAAACAACACUUGCCCAACUCAUCUUCAAUGACAAGAAAAUCGAAUGCCAUUUCGAUCUCAAGAUCUGGGUGUGUGUAACUGAUGCCUUUGAUGUAAAAGCAAUUGUAGAAAGGAUUACUCAAUCCAUAACAAGUAAUUACUUUGAAGAACUUGGCUUUGAGCAAUCUGUAAUUCUACUUCGCCAAGAAAUAAGAGAAAAGCGGUAUCUACUCGUUCUUGAUGAUUUGUGGAAUGAAGAUGAAAUCAAAUGGAAUGAGUUAAUAUACUUGUUAUCAGAUGGUGCAUAUGGGAGCAGAAUUAUUGUAACUACACAUAGUAAAAGAGUUGCAGAGAUUACUGGUAUGAAGCAUCAACAUGAGUUGCAGAUACUUGAUGAAGAAAAGUCUUGGUUACUAUUCCUGAAAGUGGCUUUUGUGCAAAGAGAACAUCCAACAGACCCUGAAAUUAUCAAAAUUGGAAAAGCUAUAGUGAAAAAGUGUGGGGGAGUUCCACUCAUCAUAAGGACAAUAGGAAGCAUAAUGUUUUCUAAAGAUCCUGAAACAGAAUGGCAAUCUUUCUAUGAUGAGGAGCUUUCAAAGGUAAUAGAAAAAGAAUCAGAUGUUUUAGCAACUCUUCAUUUGAGCUAUGAUCAUUUGCCAACUCCAUUGAAGAAAUGUUUUGGUUACUGUGCACUUUUUCCUAAAGAUUAUGAAUUUGAUGUGGACACACUCAUAUCUUUGUGGAUGUCUCAGGGGUUUAUUGAAUGGAGACAAGAUGUUGAGAAAUUAGGAUAUGAGUAUUUUAUGGAUUUACUAAGAAGAUCUUUCUUUCAAGAAACUAAGAAAGAUGAGUUGGGAAACAUAAAACAAUGCAAGUUGCAGAAUUUAAUGCAUGAUCUUGCAAGAAAAGUGGCUGAGAAUGAUUGUGCUACCUUAGGUUUAAAGGAGGACAAAUUUGACAGCAAACAUCAUCAUCUUCGCCACGUGUCGUUCGAUUUCCAUUUAGAUUCAUCCUGGCAGAUUCCAAUUUCAUUAGCUAAAUCGAAACAGAUUCAGAGUUUGAUUUUGCCUAGGCAAUUUCGAUGGGAAAUUGAAGGAAGAUCAAGUGAGUCAAUCUGUGAUGUGAUUCUGAAACUCAAGUGGUUAAGGAUGUUGGAUUUACAUAAUUCUGGAAUUAAAGUCUUACCAAAUUCUAUUGGUGAGUUGAAGAAUCUCCAUUAUCUUGAUCUUUCUCAAAAUGUGAAUAUCAAGUUAUUGCCAAGUUCUAUUUGUAUGUUAAGAAAACUGCAGACUUUGAAACUCAAUCAUUGCAGUAAUCUCCAAUCAUUGCCUAGAAGCAUUACCAAGUUAAGAAGGCUAAGAAAUCUUGAAAAUGAGUCAUGUUAUUCUUUGACUAACAUGCCACAUGGACUGCAUCAACUAUUUCAACUUCGAAGAUUAUCAGAGUUUGUGUUGCUGAGUAAUGGCAUUAGCAGCAGUUCUAUCUCAAAGAAAAGUGGUAAGCUUGAUGAACUAGGUGCUCUAAAUGACUUGGGAGGCAAGCUCAAGAUUAAAAAUUUGAGAUUUCCCAAAGAUGAUAAGACAGCAAAAGCAAACUUGUAUGAAAAAGAAGAUCUUUUAUCUUUAAUCUUGAUUUGGGACAUUAACUCUUCCAUCAAUGAAAAUGAUUGUGAAGAGGCACUAGAAGAUCUUGAGCCACAUCAAAAUCUCAGAGAACUGUCUAUAUCUGCUUAUGGUGGUAGUAAGUUUCCGAAUUGGCUUCCAUUGCUUCAAAAGCUUGUGAAAUUAUCUUUAUCGAGAUGCAACCGCUGUCACUGCCUACCACCACUGAACCGGUUGCCAAAUCUUCAAGUAUUGGUAUUAGAUGAGUUGAUGGAGCUUGAAUACAUUGUGGAUGAAUCAACAACAACAACAACAUCAUCAUCAUUUUCGACCUUGAAAGAGCUUCGGCUUACUAAUUUGCCAAAACUAAAGGAAUGGUGGAAAAAUGCAGGUGAUCAAAAUGCUACAUUUACUUGUCUUUCCAAAUUGGUUGUUGAGGAUUGCCCAUGUCUCACUUCCAUGCCUUUGUUCCCAUGUUUAGAAGAAUUAGUACUGAAAAACACUUGUUGGGGGCCUUUCAAUCAGACUAUGGCAGCUGCAAAAGAAGAGAAAACAUCUGAAUUUCAAGCAUCAUCAUCAACUACUACUUUCACAGUUGUUCCUCUCUCUAAAUUGAAGACACUACAUAUCAUUGCCAUGGAUAUGUCCACAGGUGAUCCAAACAUAUGGCAGUCCCUUCCAAGCCUCCGUUCUGUGACAUUGGAUCAUAUUGCUGACAUACAUAAUCAGCUUCAAAAACUUCAGAAAGUGACUAAUCUGCAGCAACUCCACAUAUGGCGCUGUGAUAGUUUGAAGGAAAUUCCAAGUUGGAUCAGCAAUGUCAAAUCGCUUAAGACAAUUUCGAUCAAGCUAUGCCCCGAGUUGACAAUACCUCGCGAAAGACUUAGCCUCAUAGCCUCUUUGAAAAAGGUUGAGAUUGAGGACUGCCCUCAAGUUUCUCACAUUGAAAGCAUGCUUAAAGAUCCCUUAUACAACUAAUUGUUCUCAAUCCUCUCAUCUUUCAGGUAUAAAUUGUUGUUGAUCUGUCUUUAAUUACAUAUUAUAUACUCUUUUCUAAGAGCUUCGGGUUGUUUUCGAUCUUAAUAAUGAGUACUUUGUACUUUAUGUCUUCUAGAAUUUAGGGUAAGAUGAAUGAGGUUUCAACUCAAAAUUAAUUGGCGAAAGUUUUUUAGUUUGGCUCGUCUUAUUUUGGACCGGCAGCACUUUCAGUGCAAAACAAAUCAUAACCUGAUUCUGAUACUAACCAAUUGACAAUGAAAAGAGUAAUCCAUUCAUCUUAUAUAUAACAAUUUAUUUUCACACAUUAACAAUGUAGGACUAACUCUAAUAUUAUUAAUUACAAACUAAACCCUAUAUUAAAUUAUAAGUUGUACUUUAUGACAUAUAUAUUUUAUGAGUUCCAUUACAUUUUCUUAUUUUCCCUACUUAUCUAGGUCAUAAGGCAAUAUAUGUAUCUUUUCAUUCCAGUUUAUCAUGUAUAUUUGGUCAUAAGGAAAUUAGUAUAGUUGCUCUCUGGGUCACUUCUUCCAUUGAGGCCCCUAUUCCGCAAGUGUUCUGUUGAUUUUUCUUCCAAAAUCUGCUAUACGAAUCACAAUGCAGUAGUUUUUCUAA